AUGAAAUUGAAAAUAUCUUUUUUUAAAGAACCCAAACAUGUUGGAGUUGUUUCUUGCGUCAGCUGGAACAAUAUUGAAGACGUUUUCUCAUGCGGAGACGAUCACAAGCUUCUAAAGUGGAAUCUUGUUAAUGGUGAAUGUUUAGUCGUAGCUACGCUACCGGAAGAUUUUUAUCCAAUAUGCAUGCACUUGUUUCCAAAAGUAAACAUCGGUGGUAACAAGCACCAGCAAGAUGUUAUUUUGAUUGCAUGUGCCGAUGGCAAAUUUCAUAUUGUAAAUAACAACGGUCGCAUAGAAAAAAGUGUCACGGCUCAUCAAGGUGCGUGUUUAGCAGCGCAGUGGAGUCCUGAUGGAGCAGGUCUUCUAACAGCUGGAGAGGAUGGAUUCGUAAAAGUUUGGUCCCGCAAUGGUCUUUUGCGAUCUGUUAUAAUACAGUCUGAUGAGCCAUGUUACAAUGCUAUUUGGAAUCCUGACAAUAGCUCAAUUUUGUACACGAAAGGAAAUUCACUUGUGAUUAAACAUUUAAACUCCAGUACUAAGGUGACCAAGUGGAAAGCGCAUGAUGGCAUAAUUUUAUGCAUAGCGUGGAAUGCAAACAAUAAUCUCAUUAUUUCUGGCUCCGAAGAUGGGUUUUCUAAGAUUUGGGAUUCAUUUGGUCAGCAAAUUUCGGUGAGCGUGAAACAUGAUCAGCCAAUCACAAGCGUUAGUUGGUCACGAGCCGGAGAUAUGUUCAUAAUUGGAAGCUUUAAUUUAAUACGGCUUUGUAAUGCAAAUGGAUGGUCUCACUGUCUUGAUCGUCCUUCAACUGGCAGCAUUUACAGCAUUGCAUGGUCCUCCGAUGGCACACAAUUGGCUGCAGCGUGUGCUAAUGGCCAUGUUUUAUUUGCACAUAUUAUUGACAGGGAAUAUACUUGGAAGAAUUACGCGUGUACGCAAUUUGGGCGUAAAGUUGUCGCCAUCAAAGACAUAUUAACUGAUCAAAAUGAUCAACUCGAUUAUCCAGACAGGGUAAUACAAAUCGCGUUGGGUUUUAAGCACUUAGUAAUAGCUACGGUGAAACAAUGUUUCAUACACAAAUUGACGUCAUGGAAUACACCUGUAACAUUUGAUCUUAAGGAAGGAACUAUCAGCAUGGUUUUGUUAGCAGAAAGGUGUUUGUGUGUAAUAGAACGAGCUGGUAUCUCCAUAUACAGUUAUAUGGGUCGUUUGCUUGCAAGCCCACGAUGUGGAUCACGACCAGAAACCAUAGGGAGAGCUGCAGUGUCCUUAGGACCAGAUUCGUUGGCUUUGAUUGACCAAACUGACAGAAAAAUAAUGCAAGUAUUCGAUUUACCCACUGGAUUAGUUGUACGCAGUUCAGUGGACAAUACAGUCACGAAACUGGCCCAUAAAAUGACCGUGUCAAGUAUAGCGCUAAGCCAAACUGGACCAAUCGGUGAAAGACAAAUUGCUUUGCUUGAUUAUAAUAGGGACUUAUAUGUAGUCACAGUUAAAGAUCCUAAGUCAAAAUUCACAAAACUGGGGUCUCAAGUGCUAAGUAUAAUAUGGAGUGCAGACACCGAGUUGCUUGUUGGUUUACGGGCAAACUCUGCUGUUGCCUGGUGUUGCACGCGUGCUGCGACACAGCCUGACUGGCUUGCACUUACCACCGUCAGCAAAGACAUUACUGAUUUAGGUCGCAAUCCCUGCUUGCUAAGCGUUGAAGAAGGCGUCGUUUGUAUCUGCCGUGGUAAUGGAUCUCUUCUUCAUGUUGCGCUUGCUGCCUUUCCUGAGAAAUUAUUGAAACACGUAGCAGCUAACAUGUGGCAAGAUGCAUUACACCUUUGCCGCACGGUAGAAGAUGAGACUCUUUGGGCAUGUCUAGCGGUAUUAGCUUGGCAACAUAAUCAGCUGGCAGUCGCAGAAGAGGCAUUUGCCUUGAUACAUCAGUACUACCAAGUCUGCUACAUUCAACAUUUGAGAAGUACGAUUCCAGAGAAACUACCCGUCAACUAAAUGUUAUUACAACACAUAAGCACCGUAAACUAUAUUUUAUAUUGGUAAAGUAACACCUACAUAGAUAUUUCAUUUUUCCUGACUGGAACAUUAGGGGAACAAGAUUUGGCAAUGAAAAUAGCUGUGGUGGAAUGAGAAUUUUGUAUUUGU